AAUCUCCAAUUCUGGUAAACUAAGUCCCUUGUCACAAGCAACGACAUUUAUUCCAUUACUUCUUAAAGUCACAAUCUCCAUUUCUUAGACAAAGAAAAAUAAUUGUUUCAGUUUGGAUCAUCUAAUCCACCCAAUUAACAUCCAUUUCCCACAAAUGGAUGCAGAUCAUUCAGACUGCAAACCCAAAUCAAAACUGAAUCAAGCUAGCGGGCGAGAUGAGACGUCAUCAUCAUCAUCAUCUGGAAGAGAUCACUUAGAAAAUGACGAAUUUCCCUCUUGUUCGAAAGAAAAAAAUGGCAGUGCUGUGGAUAAUAAUCAAGUUAUAGAUGCGGUUGAUGUGAGAUUGGAAGAAGAGCAUCCCGGAGCCGCCGGAAUUGAAAAGCUUUGCAGAAUUUGUCAUUUGAAUAAUGAACAAUCUUCGUCAAGGAGCCCUGAACUCAUACAACUUGGCUGCAAUUGUAAAGAGGAGCUUGGACUUUCUCAUCGCCAUUGUGCCGAGGCUUGGUUUAAGCACAAAGGAAACAGAGUAUGUGAAAUUUGCAACAAAAUAGCGAAGAAUGUGAGGUUUGCAAAAGAACCCAGGGUAUUUGUGGUCGAGAUAAACCAGUUAAGGAGUAUGGCUUAUGCUAACACUUCUUCGUACGAAUCCUCGCCGGCGACCGACAUCUCCCCGAUCCCGAGGCAAGGCGAUUCACGGCUGUGUAAACAAUCUUGUAAUUUUCUUCUGGGCUGCUUGGCUUUAGCCCUCAUCAUCUCCACAUUCGUUAGAGUCAAAUUGUUCUAAAUGUUAGGAAACUACGUACGCAAUCUUUCAUUAGUAGUAUGAUAUUUAUUUAUUCGAGUAAUGCGAAAAUACACAUGAUAGUGCGAGACUCGCGAGUUCGAUCAUCCCAUGUAAAUUUGAGUUUGAAUACAUUUACGAUAGAUUACUCACAGUAAAAAAGAAUCAACUCUCAAUGUUGAUUAAGUAAACAUAAUGGCAUCCGUUAAUAAUGUUACUAUAAAGAGGACAAAGUCAUUUCUUU